AUGGAGGAAGCUCAAGUUUUUGUCCGAAAUGACGCGGUGGAUGUGCGUGUUCGCCAGGUGGCCAUCCCCAAACCCGGAGCCGGUCAGAUACUGAUCAAAGUUGUCACGACUGGCACCAACCCUAAAGACUGGAAGUUCCCAGCAUGGAUGGAAAACUUCAAUGGCGCCAACACGGGAGAUGAUAUCACAGGAUACGUCCAUGAGAUCGGCGAUGGUGUCUCGGGAUUUCAAGUCGGAGAUCGGGUCGCGGCUUAUCACGAUUACACAGCUCCACAUGGCAGCUACGCUGAAUAUGCCAUCGGGGCAGCCUACGCCACAUUCCACAUCCCCGAGAAUAUCUCCUUUGAGCAAGCCGCGACCGUCCCCCUGGCCGCUAUGACCGCGUCGCUAGCACUCUUCUCUCGCCUGGGGUUGCCGGAACCGUGGUUCAAAGAGAAGACAUGGGCUCAGAAGCCAGAGGGUGGAGUGCUAGUCUACGGUGCUGCGAGUGCCGUGGGAACAUUCGCUAUCAAGCUGCUACAGAAAGCAGAUAUUCAUCCGAUUAUCUGUGUCGCUGGACGGGGAAAAGAUUUCGUCCACAGUCAUCUGGACGAGAGCAAGGGUGAUGUGGUCAUCGACUAUCGCGAAGGUGAAUCGGCCGUUGUCGCUGCCAUUCGGAAGGCCACCAAGCAGCUGCGGUAUGCUCUGGACGCUGUCAGUGAGAAGGCCAGUUUCAGUGUUGUCACUCAGGUGCUGGAUCCGGACUGCGGCGCUAUGUCUGUUGUCAGUCCCGUGGGGCCGGAGGAGUGUCCUGAGAAGAUUCGGGUGGAAUUCACUGAUGUCGGAAGGGCCCAUAAGGAUGAGCAGGAAUUUGCUUACAUCUGGUCGAGGUUCUUCACGCUUGGGCUUAGGGAAGGCUGGCUCACGCCUCAUCCGCAUGAGCUCGUCCCUGGUGGUCUGCAGGGUGUCCAGACAGCAUUAACCAACCUCAAGGAGGGAAAGGCCAGUGCGCUCAAGUAUGUUGUGAAGAUCAAGGAGAAUUGA